AUGUCGACCUCGUCCACACCAGCGCCCGGUGCUGUGCAAGUCACCAACUUCGCCCUGCCACCUCCCACCGCCAGCAACGGCUACGGCACCAUCCCCACCCAUGAGACGCCGACCACCAAGCCGACGAGCACCUCGACCCGCGUCCUCGCGCCCGAUCUGCUGCGCGGCCUCAUCCUGCCGCUAAUGUCGCUCGACCACGCCGCCCUCUUCAUGGGCGCCUGGCUCCACGGCACACCCGAACAGUCCGAGUCCGCAGGCACCAUCUUUACGCGCUGGAACUUCAACGCCGCCUACAUCAGCCGCACCGUCACGCACCUUUGCGCGCCUGGGUUCUUCUUCCUGAUGGGUAUGGGGACUGUCUACUUCCACAGGUCCAGGGCGAAGCUCGGCUGGGGUCGGGGAAGGAUGACGAGGCACUUUGUGGUCCGGGCGCUUGCGCUGACGGCGGUCAAUGAGGUGAUGGGCCUGACGCUCAUGUGGGGAAGACACUUUUGGUUGAUCAACAUUGUGCUGAUCGGGUUGGCGGUGGACUAUCUGUUGACGGGGCUGCUGUGUCUGGUGGUGGAUGGGACUGAGAGGUCGGUUGCAGGGGCGAUCGAUGGGAUGCUUGUGAAGGCUGGAAAGGGCAGCGAUGAUGCUGCGAGGAGGCCGCUGCUCGCGAAUGGCGGAAGUGCGGCUGCUGAAGAACAGCGUGGUCACAGCAACGGCAACGGCACGACAGCAGCGACACCGGUAGCAUCAGCUCGAGCUCAGACUCUCUCGUUCUGGCUGCACAAUUUUGUCCUCGCCGUGCUCACCUACAUCACCAUCUUUUGGAACGUCUGGCUGUCACCGAGUGGAGGACACUGCUCCGCCACAUCCGCUCAGCCCUCCUCCUUCAGCCAAUCGCCAAUCGAACUCCUCGCGCUCGCCCCAUCGUCGGUCAGCACCAUGGCUGAGCAGCCACCCUCUCCCCCAGGAUCGCGCUUCGGCCCCUGGUUCGAUUUCUGGUUCUACUCGGUGCAGAACAAGCGGGUCAUGUCCGGGUUCCCGCCGCUCGCCUGGAUCUCGUUCUGCAUCUUUGGCAUGCUCUACGCGCGCGUGAUGCUGUACAAGCGCUGGACGCCUCGAGCUGUCGUCGCAUGGAACCUGGGCGUGGGCGUCGUGCUGGCAGCCCUGUUCGUCGGCACGAGGGUGCUACACUUUGGCAACCUCUCAGAGGGGUGUCUGCGGAUGCCGGAACAGCUCGCACACCCCGAGAGGAACCAGUACCUCGUCUCGAUCAAGAGCUUCUUCUACAUCACCAAGUACCCGCCGAGCCCGGCGUUCUUCUUCCUGACCAUGUCGGUCAACUUUGCGCUCCUCGCCCUGUUCAGCGCCAUCCCACCCGCGGUAGCAACCGCCAUCCCGGGGUUGAUGAACUUUGGCGGAUCGGCGCUGUUCUUCUACGUGGCGCACAUGUACCUGUACUUCCUGCUGGCGAUUCCGGCGCGCUACUUCUUCGAGCACGACCUGCCGGAUACGCCGCCGAACGCGUGGGAGAGGACCAAGGGGUUGGGCGCCAGCGCUCCGUUUUGGAUCACGUGGAUCGCAGGGCUGUUCAUUCUUAGUCCCAUGUGCCGCGCAUACGGGAGGUUCAAGGCUGCACAGUCGGCGGAUUCGCUCUGGCGCUUCUUCUAG